GUUCGUGCCGCGGCUGCUGUUUCCGCCCGGCCCCUGCGCCGCGCUCUCCCACCGGAAGGAAAGUCGGCGGCGCUGGGCCGGCCGCCGCGGGGUGCGCGCGCGCCUCUCGCUCUCGCGGGGAUGGCCGGGCGCUGGCGGUUCCUGAAGGGGGCGGCUCGGGCGCUGAUGGACACGUGCCCGGCUGAGGCCCGAUUCCUGAUGUGGUCGCUUCAGUCUGAAAAAGAUAAAAAAACCGAGAGAGAAAGGAUAUGCCCUUACUGUUUCCAGUUUCUAGUUCCUGAUAACCACAGAGUACGUCUCAAACCCAAGAUGAAACUGACUCCACGGAUACAGAAACUUCUUAAUCGGGAGGCAAAGAACCAUAAACUCAAUUUGAAACAGACAAAGCUUUUGAAAAAGUACAAGGAUUCAAGAAGUGUUCUGUUGGUUACUUGCAACACAUGCAACAAAACAACAAGACAUCAUGGUAAAAGCAGAGAUUUUCUGGCAACAGCAACAAGCCGUUCUGGUACUCCGAAGAGUAAACCAGACCCAAAGACUCCGAUAUCUGCAAACAAAAUGACACCCUUAAACCAAAGUAAAUCUGGAUCUACAAGCAAGAGUCCAGCAUCAACUUCCAGAACAUGCAUGUCUGGACAUUCACCAUCCAGUUCUUUCCCCAAGAGUCCCAAAAACACUAAAUUUCAUUUUACUCAGCUAAAAUGGUUGCUUAAUCUUGAAGAAAAACAAAAGAGCCAGAAGAAGAUGGACCUGAAAAACUUCUUGUCUUCACUCUGAAAUACUGAAUAAUUACAAUAGUCACGAUAAUGGUUACAAGAGUAGUGGCUAAAAUUGGGCCAGUAAAUGAACUAAAUUUAGUGGCUGCUUUAUUGUUUUAUAAAUUUAGAAACAAUUUUUGUUAAUAUUGGUUUAAUUUCUGGCUGUGCUAAGGCCUUCAGCAUGUAGGGGAGAUUUAAAUACAUUGUUUGGAAACAGUCUCUGUACUUUUAUAUGGAUAUCCAAAGGAUAUUGCUGGAAUAAUAAGGUAAUAAGCCAAGUCUUGGAAGCCUGAACUUGUUUCACAAUCUUUAAUGGCUCAGGAAUUAAAAGCCAAAAUCUGUUCUUGGACCAGAUGGGUUUGCGCUGUAGCAAUCAGAGUAAUGAUUUCUAAAUUGGAUCAUGUACCACAGUAGAACUUGCCGAGGAUCUGCUUAUCUCUAAUUCUUUCCAGAUCUGUGCUGUGAAUGGUGUGGGUUUCUUGUGAGUUUUACUCAGGACUUUCUCUGUGACUGUGCAGAUCUGUGACUAAAACUGAUUUCCAAAGGAAAUCUGUGUGGUCAUCUUAAUGAACUGACAAAGUAAUUCUGAAACAUUCCUGCUUAACGCUAUUCAGUGGAAGUAAGUCUUAUUCUGCAAUUUCUGAAGUUGAUGGCUCCAGUUUUCCAUUUGUAAAGAAAAUUAAUUAUUGUUUUUUACAUAUAAAUAGCUUUAAAACCAAAAAUUUGUCUUUCUGUAAGUUAUAUAAAGUUACUUCCUUUCUGUUCCAGUUCUCAUUCUUGUAUUGGCACCAGUAAAGUGACAAAUAAAAUGAUUCCACUUGUCUCUUGAA